UCUUUUUAAUUCACUCGAAUCAUCCUUCCUUUGCGCCUUGACCUUUCCAUAUCGGAUCCAUGGCUUCGUCUAGGGUUUUCUCGUCCCGCCUCUCCUCCCGCCUCUCCUCUCUCCUCCGUCCCUCCGCCGCGUGCGCCUCUUCUACUCCUCUUGACCCACCUCGCCUCCUCAUCGACCUGUGCCGCUCCAAUUACCCUAAGUUCUCUUCUUCCCCGGCCGCCCUCUUCCUUCGGCACCUCUCCACCGCCUCCCGUCGUCACCCCUCCUCCCGCCCCCGCACCGUCGAUAUCGGUGCCCGCGCGCGGCAGCUUCAGAACCGCCGCCUCUUGAACUACGGCCUUACAUUCAGCUGCCUCGCCGGGUUCAUCGUCAUCGUCCUUAGCACCUUCCAGGACCAGCUCGUGUUCUAUAUCACCCCUACCGAAGCCAUGGAUCAGUUCGCCGCUAACCCCACCAAGAACCGCUUCCGCCUCGGCGGCCUCGUCCUCGAAGGCAGCAUCGUCGAGCCCACCUCCACCUUUCCUGAGAUGGAGUUCGUCAUCACAGAUCUCGUCACAGAAAUCCUCGUCCGCUUCGAGGGAUCCGUCCCUGACCUCUUCCGGGAGGGCCACUCGGCGGUCGUCGAGGGCUUCUUGAGACCUUUCGAUGAAUCUGACGGGCCUGCCACGCGUGGACCAGUGGUGUCGGAGACGGCGAGGGCUCAUGACUGUUACUUCAGGGCUGUUGAAGUGCUGGCAAAGCACGACGAAAAGUACAUGCCCAAGGAAGUUGCGGAGGCGAUCGAGAGGAAUAAAAAGCUAAUUGAGGCGAAAUCCCAAGCAGAAGCCGCAGAGACUACGAGUUGAAAACACAUUCCAAAUUCAGGUUUAUUCUGUCAGUACAAGUUUUGAAUUUUCCAAUUGAUUAUGCUGGUUGGUUGCCACCAACCGAUAGAUGAAAAAACAUAAUCUUAUCAUGAUUUUGUUGUAACUUUUAAUUGAUCUUCUGCGGGUUGAGAAUGAAAGAGAAUAUAGUAUUUUUGGUUGAGAAUAGCAUAGAAAUAAAGCUAUUUAUCAGCACAAUUAUUCCUUGCUAUCUGUUUCUUCACUUUUAUCAGCACUAUGCUGAACUUUGUUAUGUAGAGAUUGUAUGGCUUUAUGCUCA